AGCAGCUAGCUGCGUUGGCAUCGAGCCUUUGGGGUUCACCAGGAAGCGGUGUGACCUGACGCUAUUGCAAAGCCACGCCAGGGCGAGGAACUGUCAAACACAGGCUCUAACAGUAUUUCCGUUGUUCUGUUUCUCCUUGACCCCGUCGCUGUUCGACCCGAACUGUACUUUACUAACGUUAAGCAAUCCCGCCUCCAGCUGGUUGAACGUUGACCUCGCGUCGCAUGGCUGCUCACAUCAACAUUACACAUAUGAGCAUGUGACCAAGGACCGGGGUAGACAGCACAUGAUCCGGACAAGUGGAGGAGGCUAACAUCUUUCAGGGGUAAAUUAUUUUAAAGUGGUCGAUCGGGAUUGAAUAGCCAUGACAACAAAGACAUCCCUGCUUAAAGUCAUUCUGCUGGGCGAUGGGGGUGUUGGAAAAAGCUCCAUCAUGAAUCGUUAUGUCACCAACAAGUUUGAUGCACACCUUUUCCACACCAUUGGUGUAGAGUUCCUUAAUAAGGAACUGGAGGUAGAUGGCCACCAGGUGACCCUACAGAUCUGGGACACUGCUGGCCAAGAGCGCUUCCGCAGCUUGAGGACUCCUUUCUAUCGUGGCUCUGACUGCUGCCUGCUCACUUUCAGUGUCGAUGACAGCCAGAGUUUUCUCAAUUUAGGCAACUGGAAGAAGGAGUUCAUCUACUAUGCAGAUGUCAAGGAACCAGAGACAUUUCCAUUCGUGGUCUUGGGCAACAAACUGGAUGUGACAGAGAGGCAGGUGUCAUCUGAGGAGGCGAAGCAAUGGUGCCAGGAGAAUGGGGAUUUCCCUUAUUAUGAGACCAGUGCCAAGGAUGCCACCAAUGUAGCGGUGGCCUUUGAUGAGGCAGUGCGUAGAGUGUUGGCGUUGGAUGAAAGAACGGACCACAUCAUCCCCACAGACACUGUCAAGCUCCACAGAAAGCCUCGCUCUGCUGCCACUUGCUGUUCAUAACAUCCAGGAGCUAUCACUAACAUUAAUUUGCUCUUAUGCAAUGAAGCUGUAGGUUUACAAUGCUGUACUAACAACUUAUUUAAACGAAUUAUAUCACUGGCUUUAUGAUUUGUUGAAGUUUGAUCAUCUGAAUCGGUGGACUUCUGUUUGAAGAGAGAAGAACACUAAAUGCAUCCCUAAUUACAAAUAAACAGGAAAUCAUUGAAGCAUUCAUGCAACUGCCACAAUUCAAAAGUGAGGCUUUGGAGGAGUGGCAGAAAAAAUGUCUGGAUGUUGUGUUAUCCCAAGACUACCUGUGGGGUACUAAACCUAAAUCAUGAUGAGUAAAUAUAUUUGAAAAGUUUCACUUCCCUCUUAAAUAGUUCAAUGUUCCAUUCUGUCAUGAAGGCACAUAAUUAUGUUACUCUUAAAAUGUGUACUAUCUUGCAAGUGAGAGAGGGUUUCUGAAUGUCACUCCGAAAUGAAAUACACACUGAUGGCCGAUGCAUUUAUAAUCGGAAAGUGAUCGCAUAAUUAAAUCAGUUGUACAGCCCUAUAGUCUUGUUUGAGAAUUAUAAAAUUGCUAUGUAACUAACCAAUUGAGGCGCAUUGUGAUUAAUGCACCUUCAGGUAUUGUUUAUGCACUUUCUGCUUCGUGAAUAGAUUGUGGCUGUGGGACAACAGAAGAUCCAUUUUGAAGCAAAGUUAACGUGCAUGGCCUAUGGUGUAAUUAAGUUUCUGGAAACUUGUUUUGUAAACUGAUUUUACCUUAAAAUCAAUAAUGCCUUGGGGAAAGUGUAAUGGAAGAGUGGUCAUAAUUGAGUAAACUGUUUUCUUCAUUGUUGGGUUUAUUUUAAAUAAUGGUUUUGAUCAUUUAAGCACUAUCAACAUAUUUUUUCCAUUGUUAACAGUUUGAAGUCUUUUCCACAGGAUAAUAUUUAAAAGGGUGAACCAUUAAUUCACUUUAUCUGAUUGUCAUUCACAUUAAAAGUUGUACUACUGGUAUGCCAAAUAAUAAAUAAACCCCUAGAAAAUCA